AUGUCUCUUUUCACCACCUGGCCGACCGCCCUGCCCGCCAAAUCCCACGCUUUGGCACGCAUCUUUCCAACCAUCCUCCUAAUUGUGCCCCUGGCAGCAACACUUUCAUGCACUUGGCUCUUCAGCAACGACGUCUGGACACAGGUAUUUUGUACACUUUUCAUUCUCCGCUACCAACGUCUCCUUGGCCACGUUGUCGGGUCCUGGAUCUAUCGACCUUCAGAAAUCAGUGCUGAUCCCGCGUUUACUCGUCGUGAUGUCACGGUGAUUCUGCCAACGAUUGAUCCCCAUGGUCCUGAUUUCCGGGAGUGUGUUGAGAGUAUCCUCGCCAAUCACCCUGCUUGCAUCCUUGUUGUUACCGUCGGUGAUGCUCUCCGGGAAGAAUGCCAGACUGUUCUUCACAAACUGAGCAUUGAUUCUCCUUACACGGAGAUAUCAGUAUCAGCUCUUUCUGAACCGAGCAAACGCCGCCAGAUCAUCCAUGCCAUGCCCCACGUCACCACAACUAUCACCAUCUUUGCUGACGAUCAUGUGUUCUGGCCAGCUAAUUUCAUCCCCUCUGUGCUUGCGCCUUUCGAUGACCGCAAUGUCGGCAUGGUAGCUACCAAAAAGCGUGUUCGCCGUACCACACCUGGAGAAUGGACCUGGCCAUCGAUAGUCAACUUCAUCGCCUGCAACUAUCUCCAGCGUCACAACUGGGAGCUUCGUGCGUCGAACGCUAUUGAUGGAGGAGUCUUUGUCAUUUCAGGCCGCACAGCUGUUUACCGAACUGAAUUUUUCAACAGAGCCGAUCUUCUCCAACGUUUUUGUCAUGAGAAAUUCUGUUUCGGAUUGUUCGGCGGUCAAGGCCUUGGUCCAGACGACGACAACUUCCUCAACCGCGAGGCAAUGAAGAAACAUUGGCUGAUUUGCUUUCAAGACACAGAGGAUGCAACAAUUGAGACAACACUGGGUGAGUACCCCAAAUUCCGAGGUCAACUUCUGCGAUGGGCCCGAACAACAGUCCGCAGCAACCCAGUAAUGCUCCGAGAUCCUGUCUUCGUAUCUCGCUACCCCUGGAGCGCUUUCAUGGUCUACUGGGCUGCAUUGUUCAACUUCGCUCUCAUCUGGGACACUCUUCUGCUCGCCUCAUUGAUAAAGUCCGAAGGCACACGCCCUACCGAAGUAAUGCUCUUGCUGAUGUGGAUGUUCUGGACAAAAGUGGUCAAGAUCAUUCCACAUUUUCUUCGACAUCCAUCUGAUUUUCCGUUGGUUAUUUGUCAGAUUCUGUUUGGAUAUGCUCACAGCUUCAUCAAGUUAUGGGCGUUAGUGACUUUUUGGGAUUGUGAUUGGUCUGGACGAAAUCUCAGCGAGGUUGGCGGUGAGCAGACUGGGUUGGACACUUCGUUCCAUCGCGUUGAGUGA